AUGUCUUAUAGCCCCGACGUCCCGAUCGACAUCUUUGUCUGCUACGGAAAACCACGAGAUGCACUCUACCCACAUUGGAUGUUGAUGGGCCCUGGCAAGCCAGUCGAUAGCCCUGGCAUACAGUCUCGCGAAUACUUGGGCAGCAUCGAUCCGAAGUUCAGUAAGAAGAUCACAGCUGCUGCCCACCUUGUCCCUGCCCAGCAGUGCCAGAAGUACGUUGUGUCCCUUGUUGCGGAGCUAGAGCAGCGCCAACUCCUACCUUCCGGACACGCUGCACGGCUGAACAGAAGAGUCCACAUGUCAGCCACCGCUCGGGGGUAUGCACAGAAGCAUCCAGUGCCACCACCACAGAUUAACUCUCUAGGGAUGAGCACUGCGCAUUCAAGCUCGCCGCGAGGGACACGGCAGAUUAAGCCGCCACGGCUCAAAAGAGUGCAGAAUUCUAUUGCCACAAUUAGUUGA